AACACCCGUAUUCUCAGAUGUCACUCAAGAUUUCCUCCACUCGACUCAACCUCGGUUGAGGAUUUUUGGUAUUCAUAGUUGACAUUUACGUCCUCGACUUAUGGUUCUUCCUCACUGGAGGUGAGUAAAAAUUGAGGAAUGAACUGUCAAAUGUAAGGUACCUCGUGAUCUACCUUAAGGACUACUCAACGCUUGAAAUCCGUGCGAACGCUUGUUGUGACGAUACUUUUUAUAUUACAAACUUCGAUUUUUGUUAUUAAAAUGAGUGAUAGUGACUUAUAUAGUGACUUUGAAGAGUUUAUGGAUUAUGUUUAUGAUAAUCCUUACGAUUAUCCGGCGCGGAAAUAUAUCAGAGACGCUCAAAACCCUUUGGAAUGUUACGACGAAGAACAAUUUCAAAAACGCUUUCGAUUUAGGAAAGAUACUGUUGUUCAUAUGAUAUUGCCGCUGAUUGGAUUGCAAUCAAAUGUAACCAACAAAGGGUUACCUUUACCACCCAUAUUGCAACUACUCAUAGCGUUAAGAUUUUAUGCUACAGGAAACUUCCAGAUUGUUUGCGGAGAUCUGCAUAAGAUCAGCCAGCCAGUUGUAUCAAAAAUCGUGGCUAAGCUAUCGAAAAUAUUAGCAAUGAAAGUAGUUGAGUUUAUCAAGUUCCCUGGAGCACACGAGAGAGCCAACGUGAAGAGAGCAUUUUACCAACGUGCUCAAUUCCCAGGGGUAAUCGGGUGCAUUGACUGCACACGUACCAAUUAAAAAUCCGAGUCGGGAAAAUGGAGAACUUUUCAGAAAUAGAAAAGGUGAGUUCUCUAUAAAUGUACAACUAAUAUGCGGGCCACAAAUGUUGAUUUACGACAUUGUGGCGAGGUGGCCAGAAUCUGCCCAUGAUUCCCGCAUAUUCAGCAACAGCCGUCGUAGUAUGCGCUUUGAAGAAGGGGAUUUAGCAGGAGCUGGUUUUAGGGGACAGUGGAUAUGCACAGUCGUCUUACACGUAUACUCAGGAGCGCUUCAACAGAUCCCAUAUCAGUACUAGAAAUAUUAUAGAAAGGUUGAAUGGGAUCCUGAAAAGAAGAUUUGCUUGUUUAAGCAGAAAGCUUCAGAA